CAUAUCUGCUGACUCUCUCACUUCAAUCAGAAACACUUGAAAUGCUGAAGAAAGAGUAAGAGGAUAUUUUCUACAUUCUGCUAUGAAGAUUUUUCAAACCAGGAUCCUACAUCUAAAUUUGUGUUUGAUGAUUACUUUACUGACUGGUCCAGAUUACUCCAGAUCUAAUCGAGAGCAAAAGAUACGGCAGCACAUCUACAAAACGGUGUAUGUGGGGGAAACAGUUGCACUUAACUGCAACAAAACCCAAUAUGAUGACGAUUUAAUAUGGAAAAUUAACAACUCCGUUAUUUUUAGUCAAGACUCUAACAGUAACAGAACAAUGAGAAACUUGAGCUCAAACAGGAUUCACAUCGACACUGCAGAUCCAAGAGAAUUAACAAUAGAUCAAAUACAAGCGUCUGAUGCAGGAAACUACAGCUGUUACCCAGCAGCGAUAAGAUGGACAUUAACAGUAACAGAAAACCACAUCCGACCAGAAUCAUUCAAACAAAUGCCGCUGUACAUCAUCAUAAUCAUCUCAUGUUGUGGAGUAAUUAUGAUCUGUAUGAUCAUCAGCAUCACCAUUUGCAUUCACAGGAGAUGGAAAAACAGCAAAGAUUCAAGUCAAAGAGAAGCCGGACAGAACUUUUCACAGGCACCAGCCAGAGGAAGGAUACAGACUCAAACCAGCCAGUACAUUGAAAGAUACAACUCAGUAUAUGGACAAAUAUGAUGGAAUUUAUUAUUAGGACAAAUCGAUCAGAGUCAUAUUAAAAAUGGUCCUUGCUCUUUCAAGCUUUUCAAUGGGAUGAGCGGGUGGUUGUUGUCAACACUUGAAAGAGUGAAAUCAUGUACACGCAUGUGUAAUAAAAUGUCCCUCACACGGCUCCGGUGAGUGAAUAAAGGCCCCCUGUAAUGAAUCCAUUGGUUUUUAUAAGAUAAAUAUCCAGUUUUCAAAUGUAACAAACAUUUUUUCUCUCAAAUCUGCUGACUGUAGGACGCGGGGGACAUGCAGGCGGAUGACAUCAACAUUGCGUGGUUAGUUACAAGCGUGGAGAGAGAACAAAACAAAACACCGGUCACGAAUUAGAAGCACAAAACAAGGAUUUGUAAAGAAAAAUGUUGGAGGAUUUCGAUAUAAGUAGGGGUGCACAUAAGUGGUCCACAGGUCUGUAUGCACGACCAAAAUAAGAAAUGCAUUGUGUAAAUAAGUUCAGAGCAUGCAUUUGCGUACCGACACGGUUAACAUCUGUUAAUGCAAAAUUAUAAUUUUAUGUGACGUGACUGUGAUGAGUGGGGCGGGGCCGAGGGACGUGGGAACGAGGAGUGAGGCCAGGUGUAGUGAUUGGAGAUGAGCUACACCUACGACCCACCGCCGGUCUCGAGUCCCAUGUAGGAGAUGGAAUGAUAUAAAACUGGAGCGACUAUAGUGAAGGACAAGAGAGGACCAGGCCUGGGCGUUUAGUUUAUGUUUUGGCUUUUUAUUUGUGUUUUGUUUAUUUUGGAAUUAUUAAAAUGUUAUUUGAUUGUCCGCCGGUUCCCGCCUCCUUCUUCCCGAUGAUUAUGGAGAUUUUAUUAUUACAGUGACAUUCAGCCAAGUAUGGUGACCCAUACUCAGAAUUCGUACUCUGCAUCUAACCCAUCCAAAGUGCACACACACAGAGCAGUGAACACACACACACACUGUGAACACACACCCGGAGCAGUGGGCAGCCAUUUAUGCAGCGGCGCCCGGGGAGCAGUUGGGGGUUCGAUGCCUUGCUCAAGGGCACCUAAGUCGUGGUAUUGAAGGUGGAGAGAGAACUGUACAUGCACUCCCCCCACCCACAAUUCCUGCCGACCCGAGAUUAGAACUCACAACCCUUCGAUUGGGAGUCCGACUCUCUAACCAUUAGGCCAUGACUUCCUAUUUUAGAUUGACAAACUGUACUAUAUAAGAUUUCUAUUCAAACUGAAAGCAUAAAUCUAGGCUACACGCUAUGUUUUCAAAGCACAAUGCAAAACUGUGACAUUUCAUUCACUGAUGCUCUACAGAUGGCAGAGCUUAACCCAGAAGCACAUGUACUUACUUGCCGGCAAAAUAAAAUUUUGCUGAUUUUCAGUUUGAAAAUUAUGAAAGUUCAAAUAAAAUAAUAGUAAUAAUGAUAAU